UAGUGUUGCAACAUUUAUUCUCAGGCAGGAAAUGACGUCCUAAAAAAUGGCCAAUGCUUUUCCUUCUUGGAGGGGAAAUGUUGUGGAAUAUCGUCAGCUUGGCGAUUCACUAAUUCACUCGUUCCUAGUAGCAUAUGCAUUUUGAAACUAAUCCGGAUUACACAUCGGAGCGAUACGCCGGUUCAAGAAAGCUGAAUCCUAAUCGUUAGAACUGGAACCCGCCCACACACCGCCGGUUGGGCUUCAUGUAAAUCGGUCCGACGUCGUUUAAAUCGGUCCGACGUCAUUUAAAUUGGCCUGCCGUGAUGUCGGCCUCGUUGCCCCCUAAGGGCAUGGCGGGAAUGCCCCAGCCUCAGCAGCAGCAGUCCCACCUGCCCCCCGGCGGGGGGGUUCCGGGGCAGCCCCCGCUGCCCCCCCAGGGCGCGCUGAGGGAGAUCUCUCCCGUGUUCCUCUGUCGCAUCGGACAGGAGACCGUCCAGGACAUCGUCACGCGCACCAUGGAGAUAUUCCAGAUCACCCGUGCCACACAGCUGCCGAACGGGGUGACCCAGAGCCAGGCCAUGUACCAGGACCGCUUUGGGAAGCUGCAGGAGCACCUCAGACAGCUGGCGCUGCUCUUCCGCAAGCUCCGCCUCCUCUACGAGCGCUGCAUGGAGAUGACCUUUGACCUUCACGAAGGGCCAGCAGAGCUGGUGCCGUACGGUACGGAGGAGACCUGGUCGGUGCCCGUGGAGCCCUGCAGCCCGGCCGUCCUGCAGGAGAGGCAGGAGGUCCUGGAGAAGGUGCGCCAGAAGAACCAGGAGAUGAAGACGCUGAUGGACCAGAUGAGGAACCUGCUCUGGGACGUCAACGCCAUGCUCAGCCUCAGGAAAUGACCCGCACCCAGCCGCCGCCGCCGCCGCCGCCACAUCCUGUUCGGACACACGGGGGCGCCACAUUCGCGGACGCGCGAAUGUGGACGCGCUAAGGAUUGUUUUUGGGACCAACGGAGUCAUUCGUCUCCCCUCUCUACAUCACUUCCUGUCUCGUCCGAUUGGCUCCUCCCGGACACACCGGCAGCAAGACUCUCACUCGCGCGUUGUGGUUCAAUUCCUCACACAAGGAACUAAUGUCCUUGUGACCUUUGGUGUCGUUUGUUUGACAACAAACAUGUCCCCCACUAUCCUUCAGCCUCCUUGAGCCCUCAUUGGUUCAACAGUACAGGGUAGGGGGCGGGGUGUCUCCCGCCCUACGGCAGCUAUGCUUAUCUGCAGUCUAAGCUCCGCCCCCUUGACUUGCAUGACUGGUGUUCAAUGAGAUGAAGGCUUCCUGUCCAGUGGCCCGUGAACCACACCUGCUUUCCUCCAGGGAUUUGCCUGCCACUGUAUUAUUUUUGUAAGCUGGUUGUAAACGACUUGGUUCCUCUUUUGUAUGAAAACAUUAUAAUAAAACGAAGAACAAUA